UACCCCACCCCCCUCUUUCACCCACCCCACACUCUCCGUCUUCUUCUCGCCGGUGAAAUUCACCGGAAAUUCCUCUCUUUCUCUGAUCCAAUCCUCUACUGAAAUCACGGCAGGUUUCAUUAACUUGAUAUUUUUUUUAAAAAAUUGUAAUAAAAAAAUUAAAAAAUUGUAAGAAGUUCUAUGGGCGAAGAAGUAAAAAUCACCGGCGGUGAUGCUUUCUCCGGAGACGAUAACCGUGUUCUCGAGUGGGAAGACGGACUUCCGAGUCUCGACGAUCUAACGCCGUUAUCUCAGGCGUUAAUCCCGCCGGAACUCGCGUCGGCGUUCAAAAUAUUGCCGGAGCCGGCAAGGACGAUGACCGACGUCAAUCGUGCUUCGGAGAACACGUUCUCAUCUCUCCGAGGCAGUGGACCGUUGCAACAAUUACACAUUCUGUCCUCACCGGAAACGGAUCCGACGGAAAACGGAUCGGAUCCGAGGAAGACCCGAAGGAUUGACCCGGAGAUGUUAGACGCGGAUUCAGCAUUACUGAGGAAUGAGAAUUGUGGAGGAGGAGAUGAUAGUAAUAAUAAUUCAGCUUCUAAGCCGCUGAACAAGCGGCCGCGGCUCGUGUGGACGCCACAGCUGCACAAGAGAUUCGUGGACGUGGUGGCUCAUUUAGGGAUAAAAAAUGCGGUGCCAAAGACGAUUAUGCAGUUAAUGAACGUGGAAGGAUUAACGCGGGAAAAUGUUGCAAGCCAUUUGCAGAAGUAUAGGUUGUACUUGAAGAGAAUGCAAGGGCUGUCAAAUGAGGGGCCCACUUCUUCCGAUCAUUUAUUCGCGUCCACACCCGUGCCACAGAGUCUGCAGCAGUCCGGUGGUAAUGGUCAUAACAGUAGUGGUUAUAACAGUAAUGGUCAUAAUAGUAAUGGUCAUGCGCAGAUGCCAAUGCCUAUGCCAAUGCCAAUGAUGUAUCCCCCACAAAUGGUGCCAAUGCCUAUGAUGGGAAUGUCAGGACAUGGACAUGGACAUGGACGUGGGUUUCAUCAUCAGUAUAAUAUGGGGGCACAACAGCGAGAUUGGUCUGGAAAUAAAUUUGGUUCUUAUCAUCAUGUUGCUCCUAGUGACAAAUAGCUAUAGCAGACAAGAAAAAAGAGGGUUGGUUACUGGAUUGGUCCAUCAGGAAGAUUCUCACUUGGUGGAUUGCAAACUAGGAAUUCCAGUUAGUAUCAUUUAGGCUUUUUUUUACUUGUUUAGAUUUGGUAGAUUUAUAGGGACAAAAAUUUCAUAAAUUGCUCUAAAUUUCUUAGAGCAUAUUGGCCUAAGAUGAGCUUAAAUGGAGUAACAUGGUCAAGAUUCAUAUAGCUAACCCCAACUUAUUUGGGACUAAGGCAAACUAGUAGUAGUUGCUCCAAAUUUCUUAGAGCCAUGUCAUUUCUGGUUGUAGCUUCUUAUUCAGCAAGGAGCUUAAUACAUAAUUAGAGAACAAGAUAGAAUUGUUGUUUCGAUCACACUUUUCUUGAAAGAUAGUACAAUAAUUUCGGAUUCUCUUUUUUCCUUUUCUAUUAGUAACUAUUGUGGUGUAUCUUUUGGUGUGCUUAUUGAUUUAUUAUACAAAAUUGAGGGCAAAACCAGGAUUUUCCUAGAAGUAGGUGUAUACGAUAUAGGAGUGACUUCUUACUCUUACAUCUUUUUUACCACUUGCUUUUUUGGUUGAUUGCAGAUUUUACUUUUGGGUCCCAAAAACUAUGACAUAAAAGAAAACUAGUUCUAAGAAUUUGCGGGCCAUUAUAGCAUUUUAUCUAGCUGUUAGUGUGGGUGAAAUAUUAUGAGUUCUGGAAGUGGAUUUUUGUGAAAUGCCUAUUUUAAUUUCUAUAGCUGCUGAAAACUUCUUUUGUCCUCCUCUUGAAAUUGAUGCAAACUAAGAUUGAUGGUCAACUAAGAAAAUAUAAUGCAUUUUCUGCGCCGUAAUCACCACUUCAAUGGAGGGAGUCAACCCGUUCUAAUUUUGUAAUAAGCUAGCAAGAAGGGCAGCAUGGUAUACAAAGCAUCCCGCGCUCACGCAGGGUCUGGGGAAGGGCCGCACCCCAAGGGUGUGAUGUAGACAUCCUACCCCAAUGCAAGCGUUAGUGGUUAUUUCCACGGCUCGAACGCAUGACCUAUAGGUCACAGGAGACAACUUUACCGUUGCUCCAAGGCUCUCCUUCUGUAUUAAGCUAGUAAAGCAAAGAAAUUUCUUAAUUUUAUCCUCCAACAUAUUUUAGUAGUAACUGUCGUAACACCUUGGUUGAAAUCGUUUUCUCGCGAUCAUAUUUAUUUUUGCAUUCUAGAAAUAUUUCUGCUGUAUCUAUUGUGAUGAUCUACCACAUAUACAUUGCUAGUUUCUUGUAUCUAUUGGAUCUCAAGUGUUAACACUGCAUAUGUCAUUGUGCAAUUUGAGAACAUUAAAGUUUGAUAUUGCUUUGACUUUCAUUUGCUUCAUUCAUUAUCCAAUGCUGGCUUCCCCUCCCCUCCCAACCAUUUUUCAUUUAUUGAUGAAGAGGAAAAAUCUCAUCACCAUUAUUUAUUUAUUUCUGGGCUGUUUACUGAUCCAUAGGUAGUUAAAUGUGGCUGUAUAAAGGGCAAUUAGAUGUCUUUUUUCUUAUGGUGAUUAUGGAAGUGCAUUGUCCCUUCACAUUCAGAAAUGGUUGGUGUUAGGGCAAUAACUGUUUUCAUCUGAAUGUUUGAUCAACAUGUACAAAUGAAGUUGUUCUUGCCUUGGUAAUCUUCUGGCUCAUGCUUUUACCUCAGAAGAUAGGGUUAAAAAUACUAAACGGCAUAUCCGAUUACAUGACUUUUGUCUCAUUGAUCAUUGGUACUCAAAUUUGUAGUGUGGACCAGCCAGAUGCUUGAGCUUAGAGAAUUCAUGACAGAGACCACGAGGUAUACUCUGGUAACAUUUCAGACAAAUUUGAGUUAGACAGCAAAAUGUCACUAUGUUUGGUCUAUUCUUGUAAAGCAUUGAUGUGGACCCUGAAAUAAAUUUCACCCAACGGAAGUGGAUCAUUUGUACAA